AAAAAUAUAUUUUCUUCCAAAUAUUUUAAACAUCAUAACGAUGGUUUAAGAUCAUCAAUUUUAUUCACUAUGACAGACACCUUUGUGUCAGUUCAACUAUUCAAUUCCGUGUCUUUAUUACACCUUCUUAUUAUUCCAGUGACCAACGUGACAGACGUGCUACUGAACUCUACGGCGCAACCAGUAACACCGGCCACGACAUCGGACACAGCGAUUUACGUAUACGUUUUGGCCGGUUUAGGAGGCACCUGUGCGUUGUUGUUGUUGCUGAUGGGUAUUAUAUUUGCGAGCUGUCAAGUUGAAAAAAGAAAAACCAAGCGAGCGAAUAGAAGAGCCACGUCAUCACCAGUUGGUCAGGACGGAAGAGUGACAAAUGGUCUCAGCGCUAUGCCUACUUUGUUUGACUACUCGUUCCCGUUUCCGGCCCGCCAAAUGCGCGAGAAUGCAACAAUGAGUGCGAGCUUGGGGAAAUUAGCAAACAGGAUGGACCAAAAUCGUACUGGGGUGAACACUGAGCGACUGCGGAAAGAGGGCUUUGAAAACAAAGGCUUUCUUCCAUCGGAGGACUCCGGUGCGGGUUCCAUCAGCACUGUGUUCCUUUCCAGCCGAGGCGGCGACGAUGCUAUGCGUGAAGAGAAUAUUGUGACCAACAAUGUGUACGCCCAUAGAAUCGAUCCUAUCAGUGGAGAUGACAUCCACGUGGACGAUGAGGAAAUGCUGCCGCCGCAAAUCGGAACGGGUACAACUGGUGCCUCCCUGCAUAUGUACGACAACUCUCCCAGAAGGAUGGCGUCUCAAUCGACCUCAAGCUCAUACUCCGAUGUGUUUAAAUAUCCAACGAGCGCGAUAACUCGGUUCUAGCCUAAUAAACAGAGUGGACUAGACACAAAGGGGAUAUGCGAGGUAUAAAUUCAUAUCAAAUAAAGAAGUAAUGGUCUUUGAACUAUCGGACAUAGCUGUCAUCAAAAGACUGUUUUAAGAAAGGAAUUAGUUAUCUGUGGUAUGCAUGCAAAACCAGAUCUUUUAUUUCUAUUUGUAUUGUUGUUUUAUUUUGUUUUGAUCUGUUUUUUUUCCUUUAACUAUCAUGUUUAGUUCUUACUCAUACUUUUCUUUAUUUAAGAAAAAAAAGUGUGGCUGUAAAGUAGAAUUUGCAAAUUGAAUUUAUCUGUUCAUCUAUCUACAAAUUAUUGUUGAGUAUAGCGUAAAACAU